AUGGGAAAGGAAGAGCAAGUGGAGGAGCGUGAGGUGCUCGAGUCCAUCUUCCCCGAUGAGAUCACAGACAUCUCAGAGACCGAGUUCAAGGUUACGGUCAUACUAGAUGUCCCCGAUGUGGCAGAGCAGGAAGACCAGCCUCGCUUCUCCCUCAACGUCAAGUACCCGGACGAGUACCCCGACGUGGCCCCCCACUUGGAGAUGCACGCUGUGCCCGACUCGCCCCCGCACCCGAACUUCAACGUCGCCGAAGACCGUGAGAGGCUUCUAGGGGCUCUCGGCGAGACGAUCCAGGAGAAUAUCGGCAUGGCCAUGAUCUUCACCAUCAUCUCCACCCUCAAGGAGGCGGCCGAGCAGCUGAUCCAGGACCGCAAGGACGCCGCCGAGGCCGCCCACGAGCAGGAAGUGCUCGCCGCCGAGCGCGAGGAGAACAAGAAGUUCCACGGCACGCCCGUCACCCCCGAGACCUUCCUCAAGUGGCGCGACGGCUUCAUCAGGGAGAUGGAGCAGAAGCGCCUCCAGGAGGAGGAGGAGCGCCUGGCCGAGCUGAAGAAGGCCAAGGUCAAGGAGACGGUCAAGCUCACCGGCCGUCAGCUCUGGGAGAGGGGUCUCGCUGGUAACGGCGAUGACGACGACGACGACGACGACGAUGGCGGUAUGCCCGAGAUACAGAAGCUCAAGGUCGAGGCUGCGUAA